UCUUAUCGUUUAUUCUUUUAUAAGAUUACAGUUUUAAAAUAAACUCAUACAGCCACAUUGACACUCACACAACUUAAAGGGGAAGCGAGAAUACUUGAACCUGGGAAAUUGUUUGGUUUGACGAAUGGAAAUUGUCUAUGGCUGGUCUACAACAGUUAGUUGAAAACGCUCUAAAGUGUAACAUGAGAAAAGUGUAAAGAUCGAAAGAAAAUAAAUAUUAAAAAACUGAAUGAAAGGAUUUAAAGAUUUUGGAAUAACUGUGGAACUCUGUGAUAAAUAAAAAUCUUCCUUAUUAAUAUUAAACUAUUAGAUUUUUUAAAUCAAAAUGGUUAAACUCAAUAAACGUUUAUUGCCUAUUAAGGCUCAUUAUUUCUUUUUUAUGGCGGCCAUGGGUCCCAUUUUACCUCAGCUAUCUGUAUGGGGCAAAGAAAUAGGCAUAGCACCCGAGGUCAUGGGUUAUAUUACCUCUAUUUUGCCCGUGAUGUAUGUUAUAGCUAAACCUUUGUUUGGUUUUGUUGCCGAUUAUUUUACGCAUUUUCGCAAAUUAAUUUUUAUUGGCCUGAUUAUGGCCAUGACUUUGGCUUAUGCCGCUUUCUAUUUUGUGCCUCAGCCUCAAUUGUCUUCUAUACCCUCGGACGAGGUUUGGAAUGUUACAUUAAAUUUAAAGGAAUUGCCGAUUUGUCAUAAGGAGGUAAGUAAAUAUUAGAAGCUAAUUUAAUAA